ACGUUAAGGAUACAGCUCUUCCGAGGUGGAGAGGGCUCUCGCCAGCUCUGACUGCUGCUGAAUCCGGAUCCUGUUCCUCCUCCCAGAGGAGGUCUGCCCCCCGGCUUGCCGCCUCGGUCACCCACGCCUCGCCCCCGACUCCAGCGACUCCCACCCCGGUAAGGCCUGCCUCGAAAGCGGAAACGGUCCAAGGCGAUGUGGCUCCGCUCCCAGAAGGACGGCCGCGGGCUGCUUUCGGACAGUGAACUCGAAGGCAUCCGCACCGAGGGCGGAUGAGACCGGAAUGGUUCUUUGGGUCGGUAGCUGCUGUGUCCCCUGAGGUGGCCCCGUUCAGAGACGUGCCGCGAGCGUGAGAAAUUCCUCAGCUGCUGCUGAGAAGAGGACGAUGACGAGGAAGAGCCACCGCCUCCGCCGGAUCCACCACCCCGGGUCGGGUGAGGAGGCCUUCUCCGCGGAUACGGUAACAGUCCGCCGCCACUACUGCUGCUGCUGCUCCGGCUCCGUGUCUGGCUGUUGUUAUCGUCAUCGCUGAUCUCCCCAUCUUCAAGCUCCCCUUCUUCUUUCGGCGAGAGGCCACUGGAGGCCGGGGCCGAAGUAUCUGCGGUCGCCAUCCGGGGAGCAGCGCCUUCCACACAACCUUAGCCCUCCGUCCGGGGAUCCGCCCGACAACUGCCUUCCUCCUCGGCUCCUUUCUUUACUAACGGACCCGAUAGGUGCGGCCUUACCGUACUCGGACACCUAGCGGGCUCUGCUCCCCAACUUCCCCGCACCCAAGCGCUUUCUCGCCGGACCGUCGCAAGCCAGUUCCCUCUCCUAGCGCCCCCUUGCUCCUCCGCGAUCAGGGUUCUUCCGCCUCGCGAGAAAGGAGCCGUGGAAGCGGCGGUGUCCGAGACGUCACUUCCUACCGCACGCAGGAAAUGAGACUCCCAGCUCACGCGAUACUGACGACUAACGCAGUGCUCGCCGAGAUUUGUAGUCUCUCACCUGUCAUCGGGUUCGCCCUUCCGAUAUACGGCUCACACCCACCCCAGGCUUGGGAUUGGGACGACUGGGUUCGUGUCGGGGAGGGCGAACCUGCUUAGUUGCAGAUGUCAGAGCGUUUCAUGGUAAUCCGAAGAGAAAACGCCUCUGUCUUUCAGUUUUACCAAGGACCACUGCCAAAGACACGCAGUAGACCUACACCCUUCAGAGAACCGGGGAGUGGGGUCCGCCAUAUUGGUGAAGCAGACGAAAGUGUCUAGAGCUCCUGGAUGGUUGGCUCUGAGGGCGCAAAUCCGCCAUAUUAUUAAAGAGAAAGGAAAGGUUGACCCUCCUUUGCAACCCUCCUCUCUAUACACACCCCUUUUUCCCACCCUGCUCUCGCGACUUAAGCUUGCUGGGCCCUUCGCCUGCCUGUUGCCUAGCCUUUGCCCGAAGGAAGCUUAGCAGCUCAGAACAGGCUUGAGAUAGCGCCGAAUGAGGGGGAAAGGGAAAUGCCGACCAAUUGCGCCGCAGCGGGCUGUGCUACUACCUACAACAAGCACAUUAACAUCAGCUUCCACAGGUUUCCUUUGGAUCCUAAAAGAAGAAAAGAAUGGGUUCGCCUAGUUAGACGCAAAAACUUUGUACCAGGAAAACACACUUUUCUUUGUUCAAAGCACUUUGAAGCCUCCUGUUUUGACCUAACAGGACAAACUCGACGACUUAAAAUGGAUGCUGUUCCAACCAUUUUUGAUUUUUGUACCCAUAUAAAGUCUAUGAAACUCAAGUCAAGGAAUCUUUUGAAGAAAAACAACAGUUGUACUCCAGCUGGACCAUCUAAUUUAAAAUCAAACAUUAGCAGUCAACAAGUACUACUUGAACACAGUUAUGCCUUUAGGAAUCCAAUGGAGGCAAAAAAGAGGAUAAUUAAACUGGAAAAGGAAAUAGCAAGCUUAAGAAGAAAAAUGAAAACUUGCCUACAAAAAGAACGUCGAGCGACUCGAAGAUGGAUCAAAGCCACAUGCUUGGUGAAGAAUUUAGAAGCAAAUAACAUGUUACCUAAGGGCACAUCAGAACAUGUUUUACCAACUGCCUUAAGCAAUCUUCCUUUGGAAGAUUUCAAGAUUGUUGAACAAAAUCAACAAGAUAAAACAUUACCAAUUCUCUAAAUCUAAACAGACCAAGAUUACCUUUAUCUUCCACAGAACUUGAUGACCAUCCUUCAUUCUUUUCAGAGGUGCUCAUAUCCUAAUUUUCCAUGACAGAUCUUGAUGACACUAUAUGCAAAAGAUACAUGAAGAUGAUUACAAACAUAGUAAUAUUGAGCUUGAUCAUUUGCAUUUCCUUGGC